UAGACGGCUGAUGUUAGGCGAUACAAAAGGUGGCAAGCGGCAGCAUGUUACUGGCCUUGCGCCACACUCAUGGCACCCCAACAAUGCGCUCUAUGGAGGGGGAAGUGUCGCUGGUUGCAGAGUUGGGCUCUGCCAACGCGCGGCGCGGCCGUUGGGGCUGUAGUCGAGGCCGCGUUCGCAACAGGAGCUUGAUGCAGUUGCAUUUGAGUGGUGAUAGCGUGCGAGUCGUAUACCGCGGAAUGCAGUAUGGUUUUAAUUCAUUUUCAAACGAGCGCGUGUUAAACUGAACGGCAAGGAUAACGGCAAUUCCAAGGCACGUUGCCUAUAAGUAUAACUUAUAGCUUUGUGAAAGAGUUUCCAUUGCGGCACUGGGGAUGGGCACAGAUAAUAAUUGGUGCACCUGUCGACCAUCUGUGACCUUUUAUUACAUAAGCGCCUCUCACUUUGGCCAAAACUAAAGCAAGUAAUAUUUUUCACUUGUCUAUUGUGAUCAUCGCGUUCACUUUUGCGAAGCAAGUCUCUUUCGAAUAUUUCUACGCUCGCCUGCUUGCGCUGCCGCAGCUGUUUUUCGUGCGCUUUGUUGGAAGUGAUUAAUGAACUUUUCGGUGAAUUAUACACAGAAGCGAAUUAGCAUUGCUCGCCAAUUAUGAACUACACCAAUAAUUAAGUGUGCAGAAUAAAAGCAAAUACGCGCUAGCACGCGCACUCAACAGAAACUACAUAAAACAAAAACAAUUUAGUGUAAAUGGCAGAUCAUAAUAAUAAAGUAGAAAACACAUUUGAAUAAAUGUAAUAAAAAGUUGGAAGCCAUUUGCAUACCAAGAAACCUCAACGAAAAGAAAAGUAUCUCGACCUGGCAUUUUAGUAGUCGGUAUUCGAAGGCCCAUUCAGCGCCACCGCAUAACUAUUUGUUCGUUUGUCAUGUGUACACUACGUGAAAGUGGAAAUUCCGCGCGCACCUAACCAAAUCCGCAUCUGAAAUUCCGGUGGCGCAAUCGCAGAGCCAAUAAAAAGCUUACAAUUUGUGUAAAUAAGGACUGUUUUGACACCGCAUCGCCAUUCAACGGUAAUACUCGUAAAGUUCGCAAAUUGAGUGUUAAGUGUGACUGGACACCUGUUUAACGUCGCAUAAAUGGCUGCGUAGGCGAUCAGUGCGUCUUCGUGCGUGGGAGCUCGUUGUGGAGGAAAACACGUUUGCAUGCGGAAAUGCGGCGCAUGUUGGAGGCACUCGACCAGUGAGCAGUCCAUACAACAAACAGUGAAUAAUGUGAUUAAAGAUGUUUUUUCUGCCUCGCUCACUUUUGCUUUGUCUCAUCAUUUUUGUGCCAAUCGCAGCAGCAACAACUCGCAGUUUCAAUUAUCAACAAUUUAGUGCAGUAGGUUGCGGAUCGCGCUCCAGUCGGCGUGAACCACGCGCCGCAACAGCAGCAGACUCAGCUCAGGAAACACAACAACAAGUUAAUCGUAUUGCUCGCAUAAUUUCUGGUGCUCCAACAAAAGAUGGGCAAUAUCCAUGGCAAGCAUCACUCGAGCUUCUGCACCCAUCAAUGGGCUUUUUAGGCCACUGGUGCGGCGGCGUACUUAUUCAUCCAUAUUGGAUACUUUCCGCAGCACAUUGCAUACAUAACGAUCUCUUCAACCUACCUAUACCGCUGCUGUGGACCGUCGUACUAGGUGAUCACAAUCGGCUCGAAGAGUCCGGUUAUGAACAACGCGUUCCAGUCGACAAAAUCAUACUACAUAAACGUUACCAUAACUUUCGGCAUGAUCUCGCGCUCUUAAAGCUCUCUAGUCCAGCUAAUCUGGCAAAAACCUCCAACAUUCGUGUAAUAUGUCUGCCAUUCGCAUUCAAUGAGCAGUCGCUGUCGGAAAUAAACUUGCCAAGCAGUGACGAAGAGAUAGUUGCCGAAGGUCAACCAGAAGAUCCUUUGGAGCCGGGACUCUCAGGAGUGCCAGAUUUGAAUGAUAAUUUCCUGCGUAGCGUGCAAAAGGUGCGACGCAAUCGAAACGUAACGCUGCCCAGUAUGCGUGAACUAAUGAACACGAAAAUACUUAGUCGCUUGAAGCAGACAGACAUGCAACGGCAUGGACGCAUGCUACAUUCGACACACCGACGAAAUGACAAACUCAUGAAAGUGCAAGGAAACUAUCGAGAAUACGAGGGUAGUGCAGAUUCGCGCAAGCACUACUGGACGGAUGGCGAAGAGCUAGAAGACUACAAAGAUCUGCCUUACAGUGACUGUGUAGCGACGGGUUGGGGUAAAUCAAAUGUCAGCAGUGACCUAACGAAUGUGCUGCUGAAAACACGAGUACCGCUGCACAACAGCGAGAGAUGCAGAGCGGCGUAUGGCAGUUUCGUGAAGAUCCACCGUGGCCACUUGUGCGCCGGUAAGCUGAACGGCAAAGGCGGUACUUGUGUGGGUGACUCAGGUGGCCCGCUGCAGUGUAGGCUCAGCAAAAGCGGACCAUGGCUCUUGGCCGGGAUAACAUCGUUCGGCUCGGGCUGUGCCAUGGAGGGCUUCCCAGAUGUUUAUGUGCGUAUUUCAUACUACAUGAAAUGGAUCCAAGACACUAUAGCGAAAGAGUAGCCAAGAACAGCUUUAGCCUGCUUAUGUACCUAUGUAUAUACAUACAUAUAUACUUUUAUUAUAUAAUAUAUAUGCAUAAUUAUAUGUAAAUACUAGUUAUUAAAGUACCAUAAGUAAGAAAAUGAAAAUGCGAGACUCUUUUUGAAAUUGUACUUGUAUUAUUUGUUCGAGUAAACUAACUAAAAGAAACUUAAGUCUAAGUAACUGUUAAAUAAUUUAUAGAAAUAUCGUAGAAUACAAAAAUGUCGCUUAUUAUAAUUAAUAGUCAAUUAUAAAUAGAUAAACUGUAUAGUGUUAAUUAGUUAGUCCCUGCUAGAAAUCUAAUGCAUAAUUUACGAGAUAAAAAGGUAUAAAUUCUACGCUUAAAUUUGAAUAUCACAGUUGGAAGUUUGCUGGAGGCCUUUUCUGACUUGGCACUACGCCACCACACCUCGGUGCAGGGGCAGCAGCGACACAUCGUAAUCAGGCUUUUUUUGAUUCACCGCUUUGGAUUGUUUCGGCAACUUCUUCAUUUCCACUAUCUUCGGCUGCUUUAACAAUGGCAAGAAGCCCACAUUUGCUUUGAGGCCGGCUUCAGCAUUCAUUGCCUGCUCCAUGGUCGCAUUCAUGGUUUUCCAAGCUGUUGGCGCCCAAAAGCAAUACAAUAAAGCACUGCUCACCAAAUAUACUCCGCUCGCGAUGAACGUUAUAACUAGCCCUAACUGUAAGCACGGGCAGACACGAAAUAGUAAAGUGAGCAAUAUUUUAACGCCGGGUGUGAGAUCUUCAACGCCCUAGAAGAAAAAUAGUAGUUAAAGAACUGUUACUUUAUACAGUAUCAACAAAUUUUACCAUCUCAAUCCAAAAUAUAGGCAAUGCCAUAUUCUUAAACUGCGAUACAUCUCGAUUAAAUUUGACAUUUCCCAUUAGUAAGUUUAUCUGAAAGCGCGAACGCACUCUCAUAGGUAUACCGAGUUGCUGGAAAAAAUUAAAUAAAGUUUUUUAUGAUCUAUUUUACAAUCUAAAGUUAAAAGUAUUUUUAUAAUUUACUUAUAAAUUUAUUUCUUGACUUGAAUAGUAUAAAUAUUUAACGAGGUACAGAUAGAAAUUUUAACGAGGUAGAUAGCAAAACUAUACUAAAUGGGCGGUUAAUCGCCACGCUCCAUAAGAGACUAUCGCCAUUUCGACUUUAUGUGACUAGAUUUAACUAUCUAAUGGUUUAAGAAUUAGAAUACAGCUACAUUUAGCAGGUUAGAGUGGUUUGUGUACCUGGAGGUGAAAACAAUAUGAAAUUCGUCCCUGCCACCCGAACUAAAAAUUCAGUUGAGGUAUUUAUAGUAUGUUUGAACAUCUGAGAAAUCAAACAAGAAAAGUAACUCUGCUCUAAUAGUAUUAAUCCACUCUUUAUAAAUGUUUUAUAAAUAGUUUACACUCACCGGUUGUAUAAUUAUAUCUGUACCAUGUCUAUCCUUAUCUGGAUGCAGACCUUCAAUAUUAUCCAACAAACUCGGUUCACCGUUGAAAAAGUGAGGAAAUGAAACGGCCAGCGGUAUAUCUAAUUUACAAAUACAGUUCUGAUUAAUUGCAAAUUUACUAGAUUUACUAAAUUGUUUCUUACUGUAGUAGCAAGGCGCAAUAUUGCCAAGUCCUUUCUUCAAGCAACGCUUGUUCUUGCAAUAGCAAGAUGUCUCUGAGUCGCCGAGAUCGCUAUCGAAAGCAUUUUCCUUCAAUUUGAAUUUAUAGCCUUUGAAGCCAUUAACGGUUUCAGAAUGUGAGUACUGUAUGGGUAGGCUGCGACAGAAAGCCUUCCGGUACACCCGAAAUGUUUCGCCUUUAUGGAUGUUGCGCGGAAAGAGAGUGCCGUCAUAUGUACCACGUAGCGUGUUGCAAGGUGUAUUACUCGUGCUAAAAUCAGUUAUGGAAAUCAUAAGCUCCUAGAUGCGACUCAUUGAGAGAAAUAAGCAAACUUACCUGCGUUCCUCAUUAUAGUCCCAGUUUUUGAAACCUGUCUUGCCGUUCCAAUUGUCGAUGGAGAAGUCACGAUCUGUCUCAACUUCAACAUUAUCCUUCGCUUGCAAUUUUUUGGGUAAAUUCAUGGUGACCACAUUAUGACCUUCGUCGAACAUCUACAACGAUUGAAGGAUUAGUUUGGAAGUUACAUUAGGAAAAGUGUGUUUCUAUGCGUCACUCACACGCUCCAUUAAGCCAAAGCGUUGAAAGUGUAUGACGCUUGGCACCACCUUCGAUGCUAAAUGCACUAUUGGAUCCUCAUAACCCCAGAGAUAAUCAUGUACACUCAGCUCUAGCAUCGGCUUAGAAUUGAACUUCUUUGUCAAAGCAUUCACCGCCAUUAUAGCGAAUAUAGAGUAAUCUGACGCCGCAGACAUUACACCCAAGUAGGGUAUAUUCGGCGCCAUUAUCUUAUCGAUUGUCGGAUCACCCACAGAACGUUCGCGUACAAAUCGUACAGACCGUUUUGGCGUGAAUGUUACGGUUUUGUUAACAUUAAAUAAGACAUUUUGGUUCUCCAGUACCUCCUGAUACACAUACGGACCCACCUCGACCAACUUCAACUUGCUGUCCUGUCCGCUCAUGAACGCUUCCACAUUGGUGACAUUGAACAUAUACACACUGAUGAAUACUUCAAGCGGUGGCUUCAGCCACAAAUUAUACAGCAGCGUGCCGGUUUUCAGGGUCAAUUGCUGUAAAUAAAAAUAUUCGGCAAAUUUAUAAUUUGCAUAUGGAAUGUUGUAAUGAAAAAUAAA